CACGCUGGGACAAGAGUGGAUUGAUAUCUAUUGGUCACAAUGAACCUGACCUCCAUCUCUGAUCCUGUCCAAUUCCUUAUCAAGAGAUUUCCUGGUAUGAGAGACAAGCCAGAUACCAUCAUCACAGCUGACUCUGCUGUCUUAGGUGGCUCCUACCAGGGUAUGGGAAAUGUCAGUGAUUCAACAGUUAACAGAACAUUAAUGCUGCCUGCAGAUGAUUUUGAUCCAUUAGGGGGACAUACUAUCUGGCAGGUCAUCAUAAUUGUCCUCCUCACUGGAUCACUUUCUCUUGUAACUGUUGUUGGCAACAUCCUAGUGUUGGUGUCAUUCAAGGUAAAUAAGGCACUGAAGACAGUGAACAACUAUUACCUGCUGAGCCUAGCAUUUGCUGACCUGACCAUUGGAACACUGUCAAUGAAUCUGUAUACCACUUACAUCAUCAUGGACCAAUGGGCCCUGGGGCCAGUGGUUUGUGACCUGUGGCUUGCAAUAGACUAUGUGGCCAGUAAUGCUUCUGUCAUGAAUCUGCUAGUCAUCAGCUUUGACAGGUAUUUCUCUGUGACCAGACCUUUGACCUACCGGGCCAAACGAACAACCAAACGGGCCAUGACCAUGAUUGGAUUGGCCUGGUCCAUCUCUUUUAUUCUGUGGGCUCCAGCUAUACUGUUCUGGCAGUACAUUGUGGGUGAGCGGACAGUCCAGCCAAAUGAGUGCUACAUCCAGUUCUUGUCUGAGCCUAUCAUUACAUUUUGCACUGCUAUUGCUGCCUUCUACCUGCCAGUGAGUAUUAUGGCAAUCCUGUUUUGGAAGAUCUAUCAGGAAACAGAGAAGCGAGCUAAAGAUGUACAAGGUCUCAAGGGAUCUGGGUCAGGCAACAGCGCAAACCAGGCUCAACAUCAAGAGGGUAGCAGUGGAAGAGCUGGGAGAGAAGGUGCACCUAACUGCCAGAAGAAUUCAGCAGCCAUGUUGCACCAGACCUCCCAGAGUUGCAAUAGCUAUGGACUAAAUUACAUGCCUUCAGAGAAAACGAAUGCAAGCCUACCAGGACAAAUUAGAAGCAGAGGGAAAUGCAGAAUGUUCUGCUUCCAGUUUUCAUCUCUUCUGCCAGUUUGCCAUGCACCCAAUAGGUUCAGCACCACCACAACAACUUUAGGUGAAGCAGAGCAGAGCAGCUGUGACAGUUUUAACAACAAUGAGGCUGGGGAAUCUGGAGACCAGUCAGGUUCAGAGGCAGAAGCUGAUGCAAGGUCUCCAAAAGAUGGUAAGAAGUCUAGAAAAGUGAAGAAAAACAAGGAUAAGCAUCCACUCUCAAUCAACAUAAGUCCAAGAGGACCAAACACAGCAACCUCCUCUUCUGCUGACAUAUCACCUGCAGCUAUCACCAUGAAAGAUGCCACGGUGGCCAAACGCUUUGCCUCUAAGGCCAAGACAGAGAUCAACAAGCGCAAAAAUGAAAGAAAGGCAAAUGAGAAGAAAGCUGCACGAACACUUAGUGCCAUUCUGUUUGCCUUCAUUACAACAUGGUUACCAUACAACAUCAUGGUGUUAGUCAAUACUUUUUGUCAGGACUGUAUCCCUGAAACUCUCUGGGCUCUGGGCUACUGGUUGUGUUAUGUUAACAGCACAGUCAACCCCAUGUGCUAUGCCUUAUGUAACAAGACCUUCAGGACAACUUUCAGGGAUAUUUUAAUGUGCCAGUUGAACCAGAGAAAGAACAAGCCUAAUUUUUAUCAGAGACAGACUGUGGUAUUCCGUAAGAAAAACCCCAUGUAGAGUGCAGUGACCACUUGGUUGUUCUUUGUUUAAAACUGUACUUCCUAAUCCACAACCAGAGGUAGAUGUAUAAUACAUGUCUUAACUUUUAAUGGAAAAGAUAAUGAACUGAAGUUUGGCUACACAAACGUAUUCUUGCCUGACUUAUUUUUACCAAGCUGGUAGAGGAACCCAGAUAUGUGGUACAAAAUACUGUAUCUUUAUAGUUUCUGGCAAAAUUUGGAAUGGACAUUUAUAUUCCCCAGAUUUCCAAAUUUUACACAAUUGUUCACUAUCACAAGAGCUACAUGCUGACCAAGAUCAAUAAAUCUGUCAUGCAUUUUGAUAAAAUGAUCCCCCUUUUUUGACUUUGAAAUU